GAGAGACAGAGAGGGAGGGGGGAAAGAGAGAGAGAGAGAAUCAAUUGGUUUAGGAGGUUUGGACUCACUUGACAGGUUCAGUUGGAGAGGAUCAUAGGUGGCUGCUCUGACAAAGGGAAAUUGUGCUUUUCCAGCAUGCUUACUGACCCUGAUUUACCUCAGGAGUUUGAAAGGAUGUCUUCCAAGCGACCAGCCUCUCCGUAUGGGGAAGCAGAUGGAGAGGUAGCCAUGGUGACAAGCAGACAGAAAGUGGAAGAAGAGGAGAGUGAUGGGCUCCCAGCCUUUCACCUUCCCUUGCAUGUGAGUUUUCCCAACAAGCCUCACUCUGAGGAAUUUCAGCCAGUUUCUCUGCUGACGCAAGAGACUUGUGGCCAUAGGACUCCCACUUCUCAGCACAAUACAAUGGAAGUUGAUGGCAAUAAAGUUAUGUCUUCGUUUGCCUCACACAACUCAUCUACCUCACCUCAGAAGGCAGAAGAAGGUGGGCGACAAAGUGGCGAGUCCUUGUCUAGUACGGCCCUGGGAACCCCUGAACGACGCAAGGGCAGCUUAGCUGAUGUAGUGGACACCCUGAAGCAGAGGAAAAUGGAAGAGCUCAUCAAAAACGAGCCCGAAGAAACCCCCAGCAUUGAAAAACUACUCUCAAAGGACUGGAAAGACAAGCUUCUUGCAAUGGGAUCAGGGAACUUUGGCGAAAUAAAAGGGACUCCCGAAAGCCUAGCUGAGAAAGAGAGGCAGCUCAUGGGUAUGAUCAACCAGCUGACCAGUCUGCGGGAGCAGCUAUUGGCUGCGCACGAUGAGCAGAAGAAACUGGCUGCAUCUCAGAUUGAGAAACAGCGCCAGCAAAUGGAGCUGGCCAAGCAGCAGCAAGAGCAGAUUGCAAGACAACAGCAGCAGCUUCUGCAGCAACAACACAAAAUCAAUUUGCUUCAGCAACAGAUCCAGCAGGUUCAAGGUCAGCUGCCGCCAUUAAUGAUACCCGUAUUCCCUCCUGAUCAACGGACGCUGGCUGCAGCUGCCCAGCAAGGAUUCCUCCUUCCUCCUGGCUUCAGCUAUAAGGCUGGAUGUAGUGACCCUUACCCUGUUCAGCUGAUCCCAACUACCAUGGCAGCUGCUGCUGCAGCAACACCAGGCUUAGGCCCUCUCCAACUGCAGCAGUUAUAUGCUGCCCAGCUAGCUGCAAUGCAGGUAUCUCCAGGAGGGAAGCUCCCAGGCAUACCCCAAGGCAACCUUGGUGCUGCUGUAUCUCCUACCAGCAUUCACACAGACAAGAGCACAAACAGCCCACCACCCAAAAGCAAGGAUGAAGUGGCACAGCCACUGAACCUAUCAGCUAAACCCAAGACCUCUGAUGGCAAAUCACCCACAUCACCCACCUCUCCCCAUAUGCCAGCUCUGAGAAUAAACAGUGGGGCAGGCCCCCUCAAAGCCUCUGUCCCAGCAACGUUAGCUAGUCCUUCGGCCAGAGUUAGCACAAUAGGUUAUUUAAAUGAUCACGAUGCUGUCAGUAAGGCAAUCCAGGAAGCUCGACAGAUGAAGGAGCAACUUCGGCGGGAACAACAGGUGCUUGAUGGGAAGGUGGCUGUUGUGAAUAGUCUAGGUCUCAAUAACUGCCGGACAGAAAAGGAGAAAACAACACUGGAAAGUCUGACUCAGCAAUUGGCAGUUAAACAGAAUGAAGAAGGAAAAUUUAGCCAUGCAAUGAUGGAUUUCAAUAUGAGUGGAGAUUCCGAUGGAAGUGCUGGAGUUUCCGAGUCAAGAAUUUAUAGGGAAUCCAGGGGGCGUGGUAGCAAUGAACCCCACAUAAAACGUCCAAUGAAUGCUUUCAUGGUGUGGGCUAAAGAUGAACGGAGGAAAAUCCUUCAAGCCUUUCCUGACAUGCACAACUCCAACAUCAGCAAGAUACUGGGAUCUCGCUGGAAAGCUAUGACAAACCUAGAGAAACAGCCAUAUUACGAGGAGCAAGCCCGUCUCAGCAAGCAGCACCUGGAAAAGUACCCUGACUACAAGUACAAGCCCAGGCCGAAGCGCACCUGCCUCGUGGACGGCAAAAAGCUGCGCAUCGGCGAAUACAAGGCAAUCAUGCGGAACAGGCGGCAGGAAAUGCGGCAGUACUUCAACGUUGGGCAACAAGCACAGAUCCCCAUGGCCACCGCCGGCGUUGUGUACCCCGGAGCCAUCGCCAUGGCUGGGAUGCCCUCGCCGCACCUGCCCUCCGAGCACUCGAGCGUGUCCAGCAGCCCAGAACCCGGGAUGCCUGUCAUUCAGAGCACUUACGGCGUCAAAGGAGAGGAGCCACACAUUAAAGAAGAGAUCCAGGCGGAGGACAUCAAUGGAGAAAUCUAUGAUGAGUACGAUGAGGAGGAGGAUGAUCCAGACGUAGAUUAUGGGAGUGACAGUGAAAACCAUAUCACAGGACAAGCCAACUGAUAAGGGUCAAAGAUUGUCGUGACCUUAGGACUUAAAGAAGCCCUAGCUGGUUCAUCCUUACCAGUGGCCAAGCACAUUAACUUUCUCAUACACUGACUGUUACUUUAACUGUUAGUCUUAAAUAGUUGGGACAUCAGCUGACUAAUAGACCUCAGCCUCAAAAGGCUUGAAAAGGAAAACAAAAUAUAACAAGCAAACAACAAUAUCAACAACAAGAGAUUGAAAUAAGCUAUGGGUAAAAUAAUGCCAGUAAUUCAGCUGCUACAUCCAAGCACUGAAGUCUUACCCGUCAACUUUUUUUUUUUAAAUAAACUUUAUGGCUGUUUGUUCUACAAUGUUCUAGAAAUUCUCACUCAGGUACACAGUGCCAACAAGUGGCUUGUGAAUGUGUUUUGUUGUUUUGUGCUACAAUUUUUAAAAAGAAAUAAGUUUUGUUUUGUUUUGGGGGGUUUCUGGGUUUUUGUCUUUUACUUUUUCUUUCCUUUCCCUUUUUUUUUGUUUUUGUUUUUGUAAUGCACCUGACAGAAAAAGAAAGAUGAAUUUCUCUUUACUUCUCUCCACCUUCUCCAUCUCUUUACUUUAAAGAUGGAAGUCUGUGCAUGGGGCAAAGAGGGAAAAAGAGCCUGUUUUUAACUUCCUUGCUAUCCAUCACAAAAUACACAACUAUUUUCUUUAGAGAAUUUUCUGUAUCUGUUGCACACCACACUACAUCUUUGAGCAAGUGCCAAAUUUGUACUGAAGUGUUGACCAAGUUCAUGUUUUUUCCCCUUCCUUUCUCCUGUUCCUUCUUAAGUUAGGGCAGUGUUAUAUCUUAGACAAUCCCUUGAAAAACCUGAUAUACCAGCAGCUGGUGAGAUUUGACUUUUUUUUUUAAACGGAAACUGUAGGUGCUGUUCUCAGGUGAAAAGAGAGAGAGACAUAAGAAAUUUAGAGAAAAAAAUAUUUUCUGAUCUUGGAUUUUUGUGUGUAUGUAUGUGUGUGAAUAUGGUACUAAUAGAAAUAAAGUUGGACCAUUGUGAGUUAAACCCACAUCUGGGGAUGAAAUCCCACAUCCUCCUAAGUGACUGGUCUAGAAGUAAUCUUGACCUUGACUUUGCACUUCAAAUGACAACCAAGUAUAGGGCUCAGAAAGUCUAUUUUUCAGUUUCUAAUAUGCUUAUUGGAUGGAUCAGGUGGCCCUGUGUAAUAGAGGUGUGCAUGUAUAACAUGGAAGCUACUAGCAAACUGCUCCCAGAUGUCCCUUUUCCCUGGACAGUUGGUUCUACUAACUUUUGCUACUUAAGUCAUUUUGGUUUUUCCUGUUGAUACUUCGAGCAAAACAAUCAUUAUUUUCACUGACUAUAUUUGGCCAUUUCCCAGAAAUACAGAAUUAGCUUAUUUCUCAACAUUCCAUCCUUUCCUGACCAGGAAAAGGAACUGAUGACAACUUUGUAUUUCUCAUCUCUCCAUGAAAUGAGGUGAAGGCCCUUUGCAUUUCAGAAGUGUGGGCCAUGUGCAUUUCAUGCCAUAAAAAUCAGGAUUUGGUUCAAAGUCACUGCGGCCCAACAAGGUGGAGCCUGGCUGAACGUAGCGACCCUUGCCACUACUUUCCUUUGCUGUGAGGUGAAUCUGCCUAAGUCUAACUCUUGGUGCCAGCAGAGCAUGCGCAUAGAGCAACAGCUGAUGGUGAUGGGAUUCCUUUUUAGAUUUUGCCAACCAGAUGCCAAGGCAAUGGUAGGACCUGUACAAAUAAAUUCUAAAUCCUUUCAAGCCAAUUGCCAUUGUUUGUGUUGACACAUCCAGCGGUAAAUGCUCCAGCCAGUCGCUUGGAUGUGCCAUGGGGUUCGUUCACUCCAGUCGUCAUUUUCCUAUCUCACCCCCCAAACACCUCCCUAAAGUUUGAUUUUCACUUUUAAAUAAGGAAAAUAAAUAUUUUUUAUUUUUCUCUCUCUCAAAAGACUUGCUCUCGGGUUUUGCUUGGAGGAGCUGAUCAUAUCCUGCAUGUCAGAGAUUUUGUUUUGUUUGUUUUUCCGUUUUUGAUGACUGUAUUUUCAUUUGAACUGCCUCUUUUUGCUAGUGUUGUAAUAAUGAUGAUAAAAUAAUAAUAGUGAUAAUAAUAAUAAUGGUCAGCUGUUCCCAGAUUAGUAAGUUAUGUAUAAUUUAUUUUAUUUCGCCCUUUCUACUUUAUUCUGCUCUGAUUUGGAAGGCAGCCAGUAAGAUAUUUAAAACUAAUUGUUAUCACCAACUCAUAUAGAUAUAUAUAUAUAAUAUACAUAUAUAUACACACACACAUAUAUAUUUACCAGUAUAUGUGUGUAUAUAUGUAUAUGUACAUACGGACUCGUGUUCACUCAUACAAUUUUACUUCUCCUUUCAUAAAUUUUCUCCUUCUAAAAAUUUUGGCCCCAACAAUGUCAGUUCUGGUGUUUCAUACAAAGGAAUGAAUUAAUAGGAGGGUCGUGUUCAAUCUUAAUUAUCUUAUACUCUCAUCACUCAUUUUAGUUAUUUAAUUGCCACAGUCAUCUAGAGCCAAUUUUUUGUUUUUGUUUGUUUUGUUUUUAAGCACUCUGAAUAAGGAAAAAAUAGACACUUGUUUUUAUAUCGUUAUUAUGUACAAUGUGAAAACAGAUUUUUAAAAAAUUUGUUGUCUUUGUUAACAAAUUUCUUCUGACUUAUGUGGGUUCACCUCUCACGUUUGCUGGAUACUUUACACCAUGUUAUAAAGAUGCUUUGUUUUCAUUUCAUGACUCUGGGCUACAAGAAUACUUUGUUUUAGCUCCAGGUAGAUGCCACUGAGGGCAUUCAUGGCCAAAACAAAUCCUAAAUACCAGUGAAUUGACAAAAUGUUGCGUUUGAUUUACAUUUUUCUUAUUUGAAGGAUAAAAUGAAAUUCUUUUUUUUUUUUUUUUUUUUUUUUUUGGUACCAGAGAUGGAACUCGGGUCCAAAAUGAAAUUCUUAAUAGAGACCUUUACCUGCUGGAACCCAGAAUUUAUUUAGUUAAGUUGAUGUCCAAGUCUAAACUGUACAUGGACUGAAAUGAAAAGCAAGUCCAUAGCGCUGCACUGAACACUCUUGUUAAGACAUUUAAUUCACUGGAUGUCAGAAUCUCUUUCCCCUGAUUUUACCCAAAAGACAAGAAAAACAAAAAUAAUAUUAAUGUUUAAAAUGCUUCAAGGUCACUUGAUAAAAGGUGCUGUGAAUAGCAACUUGCUGUGUUAACACAGUGCCUUUUUUGGCAUUUGACUGGUUUAUGAUUUUUGUAAAGGAUCUUAAAACUUUUUAUUCUUUUUCUGUGCCCCAUAAUGACCAAAAUAGAUAAGGUGGAAGAAAUGAGAGUAAAAUCAAACUGAAACCGCCUCCCUUUCUCCUCACUGCUUGCCUACCUACCUGUUUAUAUUAUAUCCUCUCUCUCUCCCACUCUUUCUCUGAGGAAUAAUCUUGCCAGAAUUCUGGUUUUUAGAUUUGAUGUGAUCUGUCCCUCGAAAUUAGUCAUGCCCUUGUAUGAAUCUAAAAGAACAUCACUGGAGAAAAUAGUCAAAGUUGCUCAUUGGUAAACUAAUAACCAUUUGGCUAGUUAUUACAACUGGACAAAAUAAAAGCUAUUCUUCAGCAUACUUAUAGCUAAAUUACCCAAGUCAAGUUUGAAGUUUAUUUGGCAUCUACAGUUAAGAAUUACUCAUGUCAUCAGAUCCUUCCUGAAGUACAUAGUCAUUGUUGAAACCAAAUCUUCCUAUAAGGAACAAAUAUGUAAAAUGUUCUUUGAUGAAACUGUCUCCUAGAUUUGUAUUCUGGAGUAGAAUUUUACUUUAAUUCAUUUAAAGAAAAUUAUCUUUAUUUCAUGGUCCCAUUUCAGAUAUUUUCUUAAUCCAGAAGCUGUUACUAUUCUCAGAAGAAACUUCUUAUAUCACACUUAAAACAUCAAAAAUAAAUAUACUUUCAUUCAUUCUUAAGAGUAAAUUAUUGAAUUGUAAUAAACAACUGUAUAUUUACAAACAGGUUUAUAAAAUAUUUCUCUAUCAAGUUAAUAGUAAAAUAAAACUUACGGGGUCUGCAAGGAAAAUUAUGAAGCCCACUGAAAGUGGUUCAGAUAUCUUUGUCGUGUAGGGCAUAGGUGUUUGUUUUGCCAGGCUUAUACAGUAUUUAAUUUUAAAAUUUCCUAUAACUAUCGAUUUACCAGGUGGAAGAUGAUUUGUUGAGUUUCCUACUGAUCAAUUUCUGUCCUCCCCAGUGUUUCUGUCACUGGUUCACUAAAACAGUAUUUAUAUAGCUCCACUGGCUCUAAAGCUCUCAGUCUUUCUGAUGUUUUGGAUUUUACAAGUAAAAAUUAAAAAAAAAAAAAAACAGAAAAGAGACAAUCAAAUGCCUGGAGCUUAAAACAAAGUAUGUGCAACCUACCAUCUCACUUGAAAUUUAAUAAAAUAAAUAAUUAUGUAAAUAUAACAUAGAGUUAUAGAUUUAUAUUUUGUUCAUAACACAUAGUGUAAUAUAAGUUGUAUAUUUUCAUGUUUUUGGUUUUAUGUUAUCAUUCAUGCCACAAUAAAAAUAGGAGUUUAUGUACUCUUAAAAAAAUAAGAUGUGGGUUGCCACCAACCUGUUUUUUUGUUUUUUGUUUUUGUUUUUGCAUUCUUUUUUCAGUAUUAUUGCCAUGCAAGGCACCAAUAAAAACAGCAAAUGUGUUCUUUA